GAACUGCUUUUGCACGUACCUAGUUCUAUUUGUCCUCAUUGCACUUCCCCCUGUAUUGCGUAAAUGGAGCAUCGUGGCUAUAUAAUGUUUCGUAGCAAUUUAUCGUUAUCGCAACAAUUUUUCACACGGAAAACAGAAUCGAUUGGCAAACAAAUUUAUGAAUAUAAACAAACACUUGUCACGGGUGCAACAGCGAAGCCGAGAGUCUUGUGGAGAAGUGUUAUUCCUCUUGGUGAAGUAGACCAAGAAGCACUACUCCGAAAAUGAGGGAUUUCAGCAAGGUUCUGGGAGGUAGCCUGCAGGGCACCAGAUCGCGCACUACAUCGGCCAAAUUGCUUGUUUUGAUUCUUGCGUGGGCGUUUGCUCCAGCCGCACGUUGUGGCGACGCGGAAUCUCGUCCGCCGAACGUUGUACUUUUCAUAAUGGAUGAUGUCGGGAUGGGAGACAUUGGAUGCUUUGGUAACGACACGAUCAAGACGCCUAACCUCGACAACUUGGCCCAGGAAGGAGCCAAACUGACACAGCACAUGGCCCUGCCGUUAUGCACGCCCAGUCGAGCUGCGCUGAUAACUGGUCGGCUGCCAGUCCGAUAUGGUAUGGGGGCCGAAGGAAGGAUGAGGGUGUUUAUUUACAUAUCGGCGCGUGGUGGUGUACCUUCUAACGAAACCACGGUUGCCGAAUUAUUGAAAGACGCUGGAUACGCUACGGCCAUGAUAGGCAAGUGGCACUUGGGCAUUUCAUGCACCGAUGAGAAUUCCUGCUCCGAUCCUAAUUCGCAAGGAUUUGACUAUUUCUACGGCCUUCCCAUGACUAACCUACGGGACUGCGGAACGGAGAGCACCGUCUCCUAUGCCUGGGCCAAGCUGCGAAGGGUAUACGCCAAGAUGGCGUACUCGGUACUUGGCGCACUGGCAGCCGCCAUGCUCCUCAAGUGGAUGGAAUUAAUUGGCUACAGGAGCGUUGUGCUGUUCCUGUUUGUAGCCCUCGCUGCCAACGGUUCACUCUUGAUGUACUGGAAGGCAAUCAGGAUCAACUGCGUCCUGAUGGAGAACCGUGAGAUCGUGGAGCAGCCACUCCAGUACGAUCACCUGACCGAGCGCCUGCACAGCCGCGCCGUCCAAUUCAUGGAGAGCCACCAGCAGCAGCCCUUCCUGCUUGUCAUGUCCUUCGUACAGGCUCACACGGCGCUUUACAACAACGACCUGUUCCGCAACCACAGCGUGCACGGCAGCUACGGGGACAACCUGGAGGAGAUGGAUUGGAGCGUCGGGGAGGUUCUGUCGUCACUCAAGAAGCUGGGCCUGGAGAGAAACACCUUUGUGUAUCUGACGUCAGAUAAUGGAGGUCACGUGGAGGAGUUCACAGACGAUGGCGAACGAGAAGGCGGCUGGAACGGAAUCUAUAAAGGAGGCAAAGGUAACACAUGGGAGGGUGGCAUCCGAGUUCCUGCCAUCGUCAAACUGCCUGGCGUCAUCCCGCCAGGCACCGUGGUGUCUCAACCCACCCACCUACCGGACGUCUUACCAACAGUGGCCCGAGUCACCGGAGUCAAGCUGCCCACUGACAGGAUCUUCGAUGGUCGGGACCUCAUGCCAUUACUGACUAACGACAGUAGCGAGAUGACACAUGAGUUUAUGUUCCAUUACUGUGGAGUCUUCAUCAACGCGGUGCGGUACACGCCAGAAGGGGGUGACACCACGUACAAGGUUCACUACACAACCAGUCGUCUCAUUCCGGGGCCCCAUGGCGUGCUGGGCUGCUUCCAAACCUACACGUGUGAUUGCACGGGCUGGAGCACGGACCAGCACGACCCGCCCCUAGUGUACGACCUAACCAGGGACCCCUCGGAGGCUAGCCCGCUGGACAGCAAGGUCCCAAUAGUCGUAGAGGUCAUCGGCAAGGUGGAGGAGGCGGUGUCCAGACACCGUUUGACGAUUCCCGAGCAGCAGUCGCAUCAGUUCAGCGUUCUGCAGACGUUCCCCCGUCCCUGGGAUCGCCCGCGCUGUGGGAGCUUUCCCUUCUACACCUGCACCGAUCCGUAUCUGAAUCAUUUUAAAGCUGACAAGAAAAAGACUCCAAGAUAGUAUAUAUUUUGGAUUCCAUUUAUU